UUUUGAGACUUAUUUUGGUUAUCUUCUGGGGAGUGAGGACUAUUAUUCUCAUGACCGUUGUGUCCUCAUCAAAGCCAAGAAUGUAACACGCUGUGCUCUGGACUUUCGAGAUGGAGAAGAAGUUGCAACGGGGUUUAAAAACAUGUACUCUACUAAUUUAUUCACAGAAAGAGCUAUAGAUCUUAUAGCCAAUCACAAAACUGAGAAGCCCCUCUUUCUCUACCUCGCUUUUCAGUCUGUCCAUGAACCUCUCGAGGUCCCUGAAGAAUACAUUAAACCAUAUUCCUCCAUUAAAGAUGUGAAGAGGCGCCAUUAUGCAGGGAUGGUGACUCUUAUGGAUGAAGCUGUAGGAAAUCUUACUGAUGCUCUGAAAAGAUACGGUCUUUGGGACAACACGGUUCUUGUUUUCUCUACUGAUAAUGGAGGGCAGACUUUGGCAGGUGGGAAUAACUGGCCGCUGAGAGGAAGAAAAUGGACCCUCUGGGAAGGAGGAGUGAGAGGUGUAGGCUUUGUUGCAAGUCCUUUACUGAAGCAAAAAGGUGUAGAAAGUCAUGAACUCAUCCAUAUCUCUGACUGGCUGCCAACGCUGGUGCACCUUGCUGGAGGACAUACCAAUGGCACUAAGCCUUUGGAUGGCUUUGAUGUUUGGAAAACUAUCAGUGAAGGAAGACCUUCCCCCAGAGUGGAACUGCUACAUAACAUAGACCCCAUGUUUGUGGAUGACUUCCCAU